CCCAGAGCACCUGGACCACUUUGUGGAGAACAUGGAGGACUUCUCCAAUGACCUGUUCAGCAGCUUCUUUGAUGACCCUGUGCUGGAUGAGAAGAGCCCUCUGCUGGACAUGGAACUGGACGCCCCUGCUCCAGGGAUCCAGGCUGAGCACAGCUACUCCCUGAGUGGGGAUUCUGCACCCCAGAGUCCCCUUGUGCCCAUCAAGAUGGAGGACACCACCCAAGAUGUAGAACGCGGAGCAUGGGCACUGGGACACAAACUGUGCUCCAUUAUGGUGAAGCAGGAGCAGAGCCCGGAGCUACCCGUCGACCCUCUGGCUGCCUCCUCUGCCAUGGCUGCUGCUGCUGCCAUGGCCACACCACCACUGCUGGGCCUCAGCCCCAUCUCCAGGCUGCCCAUCCCUCACCAGGCCCCAGGAGAAAUGACUCAGCUGCCAGUGAUCAAAGCAGAACCCCCAGAAGUGAGCCAGUUCCUCAAAGUGACACCAGAGGACCUCGUACAGAUGCCUCCGACACCCCCCAGCAGCCAUGGCAGUGACAGUGACGGCUCCCAGAGUCCCCGCUCUCUGCCCCCUUCCAGCCCUGUCCGGCCCAUGGCCCGCUCCUCCAUGGCCAUUUCCACCUCGCCGCUCCUCACUGCCCCUCACAAACUACAGGGGACAUCAGGGCCACUGCUCUUGACAGAAGAGGAGAAGCGAACCUUGAUCGCCGAGGGCUACCCCAUCCCCACAAAACUCCCCCUCACCAAGGCUGAGGAGAAGGCCUUGAAGAGGGUACGCAGGAAAAUUAAGAACAAGAUCUCGGCCCAGGAGAGCCGCCGCAAGAAGAAGGAGUACGUGGAAUGUCUAGAAAAGAAGGUGGAGACAUAUACAUCAGAGAACACUGAGCUGUGGAAGAAGGUGGAGACCCUAGAGAAUGCCAACAGGACCCUGCUCCAGCAGCUGCAGAAACUCCAGACUCUGGUCACCAGCAAGAUCUCCAGACCUUACAAGAUGGCGGCCACUCAGACCGGCACCUGCCUCAUGGUGGCAGCCUUGUGCUUCGUUCUGGUGCUGGGCUCCCUGGCGCCCUGCCUUCCUGCCUUCUCUUCCGGCUCGAAGACUGUGAAGGAAGACCCUAUUGCAGCUGACAGCGUCUACACAGCCAGUCAGAUGCCCUCCCGAAGCCUACUGUUCUACGAUGAUGGGACAGGUUCGUGGGAAGAUGGCCGAGGUGCCCUACUGCCUGUGGAGCCCCCAGAAGCCUGGGAGCUCAAACCCGGGGGGCCGGGAGAGCCGAGGCCCCAGGCCCACCUCCGACAUGACCAUGUGGACAGCACCCAUGAGACCUCCAAGUACUUGAGUGAGACCUGGCCAGAGGACACUAAUGACAACGGCACCAGCCCCAACUUCUCCCACCCCAAGGAGUGGUUCGCGACAGGGAUCUGGGCCCCAACACCACCAUCAAACUCUCCUAGGCCGCUCCGAGACCCAGGACACAGGACGGACACCCUGGCACCCAGAAGAGGCGUUCUCUUGCUCACUGACCCAGAUCCAGCUCCCACCCCCGCCCUGGAGCCCUCUGCCCCAGGAGAAGGGGUCUUUCAUCUCCUCAGCCAUCCCAGCCCCUGCUGUGGCUGGGGCCCCUCUCUGUCCCCGGACAUUUGGACUGCUCCCCUGGGCCAACCACUCUGUCCCCACUUCUCCUCCCACAAUCACCCGUCCUCCUCCAAUAAACCACUCACUGGGCCACCACUCCGGUUCCUUUCCCAUAGUGACCAACACGACCACUGUUCCUGGCCCCUCAUACACACACACAAACACACAGACAUACAUACAAACACGUGCCCACACAAUCACACACCCCCAUCUCCUACUGUACAGAGACCAAGAACAGAAAUUGUUUGUAAAUAAUGAACCUUAUUUUUUAUUAUUGCCAAUCCCCUAAGAUAUUGUAUUUUACAAAUCUCCCUUCCAUCAUCUCUCCCUGUUUUGUAUUUUACAAAGUUAGCGCGGGCUUUGCUACCCCUUGGCCUGGGACAGAGGGACACCCCACCCUCACCUGGCUUCCCCAUGCCGCUGCCCAAGCUGCUGGGCCUUUUUAAUCGCCAAACUGCUCCCUCCACCAGCUCAGCACACGCUUUAAGAAAGCAAAAUGAAAAAAAAAAAAAAAGAUUCAGCAUCAA